CUCUGUUGUUGCGAGCGGGGAGGUAGAGAGAGAAAGAUAAGAGAGAGAGAGAGAGAGAGAGGGGACAGAUCUCUGGUUCGCUCUUCUUUUCUUCGGGCCUGCAAUUUUCUCAUUCCGCGCUACUGGUUCGUUACGCUUCUGGCUCUUCGUUCUGCCUCAUUCCUCCAUCGCGAUUCGUUCCUGAUUGGUGGCUCUGUUUUCUGAUUUCUUCGCUUUCGUGGAUAAGUACGACGACUUCCUCUCUCUCUGUUGCAUCGUUUUGUCUCUGUUCUCUCGAUUUCGUUUCCGUUCGUUGGAAUUCCGGUUCGAAUUAGGGUUCCGGUGAAUGUGAGAUUAGGGAGGGGGAGGAGGAGGAGGUUCGUUCCUCUAGCUCGUUCGAAUUUGGAAAUGCGCGGUCGUUGAAUUUGGUUUGCGUGUUCGGCGAUUGAGUGGACUCUCUCUAUCGGUCUCUUUUUUUCUCUCGGCGGUUCCGCCGCGGCGGCGGACGAGGAGGAGGAGGGAUGAUAAUCAAGCGGAACUUGAAAUCGCGAAUGCCGAGUCUCAAGCGGUGUAAACUCGAGGACUCGGGGUGCGACCCGGACGAUACCUCGGCUUCGUCGCGGAAGAAGAAGAGGAAGCUCGGAGACGGUUAUUGCCCGCUCAAUUUCCUCGGCCAGAUCGCCAACGGCGUGAUUCCCGUUGGAUUCCGUGGGAUUCUCGGCGGGGGUCACAGGGGAGGAGGUUUUGCUGCUUCGUGGUGCACCGAGGUGUCGUGCUCGCCGCCCGGCGAGGAGGAAUUGGAAUCGGACUCGCAAUUGGAGGUUCCGGAUGCCGUCGGAGGAAGUAGCCCGGCGGUGGUUGAGGUUUCCCGACCCCCGGUUGUCCGGACGUCCAGAGGCCGGGUUCAGGUACUCCCUUCCCGGUUUAACGAUUCUGUGAUUGAGAAUUGGAGGAAAGAGGAGAAGGCUAGUACUAGUUUGCAGGAUGAUAGCUUAGAAGACGAUAUCGUCCAGUGUGAUACUACUGCCAGUAGGAAGUUGAAAGAGAGAGUAAAGUUCAGCUCGAAAACUUCUAGAAUGGUUACUAGUAAUGCCAGAAAUCAGCGGAACUACGAAAGGGUCGCUAAUUUCCGUAGUAGUAAAGGAGGGGCUACACUAUUUGACGAAGAAGACAGGCUGGAAGUGGACUACAAAAGCUUCGACCUGAAAAGGUAUUCCAAUUCGCGAAGUACACUAACGUCGUUGCAUGAGCAAUUACUGGAUGAUGACAAAUGUGGAAUCAACGCUGUAACUGGCAGCCCAGACAGGUAUAAGAAGAAAGACGGGUUGUUUGGGCCUGAGGACUUCUACUCCGGUGAUAUUGUCUGGGCAAAGGCGGGGACUAAGGACCCAUUUUGGCCGGGCAUUGUGAUUGACCCCAUGACUCAGGCACCGGAGCUGGUUCUGCGGUCUUGUAUACCUGACGCAGCUUGUCUGAUGUUUUUGGGUUAUUCUGGGGACGAUCAGAGGGAUUAUGCUUGGGUGAAGAGAGGCAUGAUCUUUCCAUUUAUGGAUUUUGUGGACAGGUUCCAGAAGCAGCCAUUGAAUGACUACAAGGCCAGCGAUUUCCAGAUGGCAAUCGAGGAAGCGUUCAUGGUAGAACAGGGAUUUUCAGAGAAGUUGAUGCAGGAAAUAAAUCUGAUAGCUGGAAAUACCACUUGUGAGGAACCGGCAUUUAGAUGGUUACAAGAGGCUAGCGGUUCAAACCAAUAUCAGGAUUCUCAAUCCCCAAACCAGGCAAGUAUUCUGCAUAUCCUUGUCCGACUGCAUGGCCUUCUUUCAUCUUUGUGGUUCAUCCCUGAAUCUUUUCCUGGCUACUUCAGCAAUACAAGAACAGAAUCAAGUGGACCCAACUCUGCGUGUCUGAGAUUGUUGGGAUUGGAGUCUCGUGUGAUGUUCAUGAAGAAGAACAAUAAGUGGUCUUGUGAAGGAUGUGGAAUAUAUCUGUCUCCUAGAUUGCCGAAGAAUACAAAAGCUGCAAGUCCAGGAGGCCAACUCUUAUGCAAAACCUGUGCCAGGUUAACCAAGUCAAAACAUUGCUGUGGAAUAUGUAAAAAGUUCUGGAACCAUUCAGAUAGUGGGAGCUGGGUGCGAUGCGAUGGGUGUAAGGUUUGGGUUCAUGCAGAAUGCGAUAAAAUUUCCAGAAAUCGAUUUAAGGACCUAGGGGCAACUGAUUAUUACUGUCCUCCUUGCCAAGCAAAGUUUAAUUUUGAAUUGUCUGAUUCAGAAAGAUGUGAGCCAAAAUCCAAGUCGAGUAUCGGGAAACAACCUCCACCUAACAAAGUUUCUGUAAUAUGUUCUGGUGUAGAAGGCAUAUAUUACCCAAGUUUCCACAUGGUUAUCUGCAAAUGUGGGACCUGUGGGACGGAGAAGCAACCGCUGAGUGAAUGGGAGAGGCACACGGGUUCGAAAAUUAGAAACUGGAGAACCAGCAUCAGGGUCAAAGAUUCCAUGCUGCCUUUAGAACAAUGGAUGAUGCAGUUAGCUGAGUAUCACGCGCGCACUGUAUCAACUAAACCUUCCAAAAAGCCUUCCAUUAAAGAGCGGAAGCAGAAACUGCUGGCCUUUCUGCAAGAGAAAUAUGAGCCUGUUCAUGCAAAGUGGACAACUGAACGUUGUGCUGUAUGUAGAUGGGUUGAAGAUUGGGACUACAACAAAAUUAUUAUCUGCAUCAGAUGUCAGAUAGCCGUUCAUCAGGAAUGUUAUGGAGCAAGACAUGUACAGGAUUUUACUUCAUGGGUUUGUAAAGCAUGUGAAACUCCUGAAAUUAAGCGGGAGUGCUGCCUUUGUCCUGUCAAAGGCGGUGCUCUGAAGCCAACCGAUGUCCAGACACUGUGGGUCCAUGUUACAUGUGCUUGGUUCCGACCUGAAGUUUCUUUUGCUAGUGAUGAAAAGAUGGAGCCUGCUCUUGGGAUUUUAUGUAUUCCUUCAAAUUCUUUUGUGAAGAUUUGUGUCAUUUGUAAGCAGAUACAUGGGUCAUGCACCCAAUGCUGCAAAUGUUCAACUUAUUACCAUGCUAUGUGUGCUUCACGGGCUGGUUAUCGCAUGGAGUUGCACUGCUCUGAGAAAAAUGGAAAACAAAUGACGAAGAUGAUUUCUUAUUGUGCAUAUCACAGGGCUCCAAACCCAGAUACAGUCUUGAUUAUACAGACUCCUGCAGGGGUAUUUUCUGCCAAAAGUCUUCUCCAAAAUAAGAAGAGGGCUGGCACACGGCUGAUCUCGUCUAGUAGUAUAAAACCCGAAGAAGUAUCCGCAGAAGAAAUGCCAGAGGUUGAACCACUAUCUGCUGCAAGGUGCAGGGUUUUCCAAAGAGCAAAUAACAACAGAAAGCGAACACCAGAUGAAGCUGUAACUCACCGCCUGACAAGAGUAUCACAUCAUCCUUUAGCCAUGAUACAGAGUCUAAAUGCAUUAAGGGUGGUGGAGGAGCCCAAAAGUUUUUCUUCAUUUAGGGAACGACUGUACCACUUGCAGGCAAGUAUAAAAACUGAGCGCACUAGAGUCUGCUUUGGGAGAUCAGGUAUACAUGGAUGGGGCCUCUUUGCCCGGAGGAACAUUCAAGAAGGAGAAAUGGUUCUUGAAUAUCGAGGUGAACAGGUGAGAGGCAGUAUUGCAGAUCUGAGGGAAGCACGCUACCGUUUAGAAGGAAAAGACUGCUAUUUAUUUAAGAUAAGUGAAGAAGUCGUUGUGGAUGCAACCGAUAAAGGAAAUAUAGCACGCCUCAUUAACCAUUCAUGUAUGCCCAAUUGCUAUGCAAGGAUCAUGAGUGUGGGUGAUGAUGAAAGUCGUAUAGUCCUCAUCGCGAAGACAAAUGUAUCUGCUGGUGACGAAUUAACGUAUGAUUACUUGUUCGACCCUGACGAGCCGGAUGAAUUCAAAGUCCCGUGCUUGUGUAAAUCCCCAAACUGCAGGAAGUUCAUGAAUUAGGGGUGGAUCAAACCAUACAAAGCUACUUCAGCAGAGCUCAACUGAUAUAUUGUUUCUCCGCAAGGAGCACACUAACACCACAAAUUGGCAGCUGCCGGACUCUGACGGAUGACAGGUUUUGUGAUUUUUGCCAGGAAAGGGGUAGUAUAGUAGUUUUUUUUUUUUUUUUCCUUUUCAUCUUUUUGGUUUCUUGCUGGCUUCUUUUUGACGAGCGUGAUAAUAAGAGCUCUCUAUAGAUAGGUGUUUUGCUGCCACAUAUAGCUUUGGGCACUCUUUUGUAAAUCUAACUAACUGCUACGAUUGCAUCAUAUAGUUGAAAAGCUAACCCCAACUGCCACGUCCUACAUUGCCGAACCGAGCCUUUCAUUUUCCUCGGUCCCAAACGUGCGUUCAUAUUUCGUUCAUUCGAACUGCCCCGAAUUUCAUUUUGUUAUCCCAUUAC